AGUGUGAGUGAGUUUGGCCUGGACAUCAUCGAGACCCCAGAGGGAGACAGAUGGCCUCAGCUGAUCGUCCAGCAGAGCCUGGACCGCGAGCAGAAGGACAUCUUCGUCAUGAAGAUCAAGGUGGAGGACGGAGGAACGCCCCCAAAGUCCAGCACGGCCAUCCUCCAGGUCACCAUCUCCGACGUCAACGACAAUCGACCGGUCUUCAAGGACAGCGAGGUGGAGGUGAACAUCCCAGAGAACGCCCCCGUGGGAACCUCCGUCACCCAGCUCCACGCCACGGACGCAGACCUCGGCUCCAACGCACAGAUCCACUUCUCCUUCUCCAACCAGAUCUCCUCGUCCACCAAGAGACAUUUUGCCAUCGACAGCACCAACGGGCUGAUCACCGUCAAGCAGCCCUUAGACCGGGAGGCCACUCCGGUCCACAAACUCAUCGUCCUGGCCAGCGACGGCAGCUCCACCCCCUCCAGAGCUACGGUUAUCGUCAACGUAACGGACAUUAAUGACAACGUUCCGUCCAUUGACACUCGGUACAUCAUGAACCUUGUUAAUGGAACGGUUCUGCUGUCAGAGAACGCUCCUCUCAACACAAAAAUAGCCCUAAUUACAGUGACGGACAAGGACUCGGAUCUGAACGGCAAAGUGACUUGUUACACUGACCACGACGUUCCUUUCAGGUUAAAACCAGUGUUUGAUGACCAGUUCCUGCUGGAGACUGCAGCCCCCUUAGAUUACGAAACAACCAGGGAAUAUGCAAUUAAGAUAGUGGCGUCGGAUUCAGGGAAGCCUCCUUUGAACACUUCAGCGAUGGUUUUAAUUAAAAUUAAGGACGAGAAUGACAACGCUCCCAUCUUCCCUCAGCCUGAGAUUCAGCUGUCCAUACCAGAGAACAAUGAUCCGUCCACGCAGCUCAUAAAGAUCAGUGCCAGGGAUGCAGACAGCGGACAUAAUGCUGAGAUUAUUUAUUCUCUUGGCCCCGACGCUCCCGAUGGGUUUAACAUAGAUCGGCGGUCAGGAAUCCUCUCCGUUGGCAAACGCCUGGACAGAGAGAAGCACGAGAAGUAUUCGUUCACUGUCAUGGCGAGGGACAAUGGGUCUACUUCGCUGCAGAGCAAUGUCACAGUGAGGUUGAUAGUGCAGGACCUCAACGACAACAGCCCAGCUUUCACCCAUCCUGAGUAUAACUUCUACGUGCCUGAGAAUCUGCCUCUAUACGGUACAGUGGGUCUGAUCACCGUCACAGACUCUGACGCAGGUGACAACGCCGUCGGUAACGCUGUCCAUCCUGAACGGGAAAGACAAUUUCGUUAUUGAUCCCCGGACCGGUGUGAUCAAACCCAACCUCACGUUCGACAGAGAGCAGCAGAGCUCUUACACCUUUAUGGUGAAGGCCGUAGACGGAGGGCAACCGCCCAGCACUUCAUACGCCAAGGUCACCAUAAACGUCGUGGACGUCAAUGACAAUCGACCCGUUUUUGUUAUCCCCUCGUCCAACUACUCUUACGAUCUGGUCCAGUCUACCACCAGCCCUGGGUCUGUGGUCACCAGAGUGUUCGCUAUAGACAAUGACACUGGCAUGAACGCUGAGCUGCAGUACAGCAUCAUUGGAGGAUCACCAAGAGGCCUGUUUGCCAUAGACAAAACAACUGGUAAUAUAACUCUGCAGGAGAAGAUAUUAGCAGCCGAUCAGGGUUUACACCGGCUGGUGGUGAAAGUCAAAGACCUGGGCCAGCCGGAGUCCUUACACGCCAUCGCCCUCAUUCAUCUGUUCAUUAACGAGACCGUUUCCAACGCUACGUUCAUUGAAGAGCAGCUACGUAAGAGCUUGGAGACUCCAUUGGACCGUAACGUGGGAGACAGUGAGGUCACACCCCAAGCCAACGGAUACGUGAUUGUUGUCAUCGCUAUUAUCGCUGGGACUAUGACAGUCAUCUUAGUCAUCUUCGUGACGGCCUUGGUGCGCUGCCGCCAGACGCCCAGGCACAAAGUGGUGCAGAAGGGCAAGCAGAGCGGCGAGUGGGUGUCGCCCAACCAGGAGAACCGUCAAAUCAAGAAGAAAAAGAAGAAAAAGAAGAGAUCCCCUAAGAGCCUCCUCUUGAACUUUGUCACCAUAGAAGAAUCCAAGCCUGAUGAUCCCAGCCAGGAGCACAUUAAUGGAACCCUGGACCUCCCCGUGGAGCUAGAUGAGCAGACCAUGGGGAAAUACAACUGGGCCACUACGCCGACCACCUUCAAACCUGACAGUCCAGACUUAGCCAAGCAUUACAAGUCUGCCUCCCCACAGCCAACCUUCCAAAUCAAACCAGAGACCCCGAUGGCGCCCAAUAAACAUCACGUGAUUCAGGAGCUCCCGCUAGACAACACGUUUGUGGUGGGCUGUGACUCGCACUCCAAGUGCUCCUCCACCAGUUCGGACCCGUACUCUGUCUCAGAGUGCAGCUGUCAGGGGGGAUUCAAGACUCCUGGGCAAAUCCACACCAGACAGGUAAUUUAUAACUUCUUUUUUUUUAAAGCCACCUACUGUUUCCACUCCCACUCCCCGUACCACUGUCCCUUUGGUGAUAAGGAGGGUGAUGGGUGGCAGCGGGAGGGAGACGGGGGGGGGGGAUUGAAACACACAAAAAGUCACAUGUGCAUGAAUGUCAUCAGCAUUGAAUAUUGAGGAAGCGUACCUCAGAGAGGAAGGAGAGAACUGAAGUCUGGGCCAAGAAACUUCAACCAAAUGAAAUCUAUCUAUACUUCCCAGACAGAGGGGGGGAAAAAACGAAGACAGAUUAUAUCCCUUACGCUAUCUUGUACUAUAUGUCUAUAAAACCCUUUAACCUUAUUUAGGUUAAUGUUCCACUUGAAAGUAUAAUGGUGGCAGUGGAAUGGUGGGAACUAGUGUUAAAUGAGAAUCUUAAGUGGGAAAGGCUGGUGGCAGAGUAAUAGCAUGCUUGAGGGAGAAUCAAGUCGGCCAUGCUACUAAUUGAACUCUGCACAGCUGUAUUUGCUGAGGACCAAUGGAUUAAAGCAGCGCUAAGCUUUUUUGAUUGACACACCUGAAAAAAACGAGCAUGUCUGACAGACAGAGAAAACCAAACAUAGAGUCUUUGAUUUGACAGUCAUCAGCUUAACAGAUAAACGUCGGGUUUAGUCAGCUGUUCACGUUCCACUGAAAUAGUAGGACAUGUAUCCCCCAAGAGUGCCACUACACUAUAGAAUAAUAAGACCUCAUUAAAUAAUCCCAGAUUUUGGUUGCGUGCUGGAGAUAUUAAGUGGCGUCUUGACUGUGGAGGCUCUGAAGGCUUUGUGAGUGUGAGGAGGAGAGCAAAGCAAAAGGCUCAUUUGAAUGCUACGGUCUGGUCUGAGGCUUAUGAUUCCCUAAGAGAUGUGCCAAAUGCGAAGUGCCCUAAUAAAUAAAAGCAGGCCAGGGAAAUAGACGUAAAUCAGAGGUGAGGAGAGGUGGCCUUGCUGAGGGCAGACAACACGGCAGAGCAGAGCAGAGCAGAGUGGAGCAGAGCAGAGCAGAACAGAACAGAACAGAGUGGAGCAGAGCAGAGUGGAGCAGGGCAGAGUGGAGCAGAGUGGAGCAGAGCAGAGUGGAGCAGAGCAGAGUGGAGCAGAGCAGAGUGGAGCAGAGUGGAGCAGAGCAGAGUGGAGCAGAGCAGAGUGGAGCAGAGCAGAGUGGAGCAGAGCAGAGCAGAGCAGAACAGAGUGGAGCAGAGCAGAGUGGAGCAGAGCAGAGUGGAGCAGAGCAGAGUGGAGCAGAGCAGAGUGGAGCAGAGUGGAGCAGAGCAGAGCAGAGUGGAGCAGAGCAGAGCAGAGCAGAGUGGAGCAGGAGGGGGUAG